CUUCCUGGGCGAGAAAACUUCCCUGCGAACAGGAGCAGCCAAGCAGGACUGAGCUCCUCACCUCCCAAGCAUCUUUGCAAAGAGGGGCCCGUGGGGCCUGGCAGCUGGCGGUGCGCGUCCGCGGCUCAGCCCGCUGUGGGCAAUGGACCCCCGCUCCCCGGGGACACAGCCCGAGUGGCGGGAGCACCGGGUCCCUGGAGAGCGGCGCCCUCUCUGUUCCAUCACCCAAGGGCACUCCCUGCCCCGGGCCCGUGCUGCCCAGUGAUGUGAAGGGAUUUUAACAAAAGAAGCAACUUGGUGGAGAAGAAGAAGGGGCGGGAGCCACGCAGAAGCCCGUCGGAGGAGGUGGCGGCCGACAGACGGGAGAGCAGCGAGAGAGAGGACAGCGACGGGCUGCCCGCCCGGGAUGGGCGCCAGGCCGUAGGGCAUGCCUGGGGCGCAGGGGCCCAGAGCACCCUCAGGCCGCGUGCGGGAGUCCGGGGGCCUCCCGGGGCCACCUCUGCGGACACUCACGUGUGCCCCGUGCUCCACAGGGGAGAGGCCGGCGGCGCCCACGGCCUGAGAGUAUGCCGCUCCGGACCCACAGCCACGGGUGACCUCCGGCCCCGUGGAGCCGAGCACAAGGCCUCCUCCCUGUGCCCCAGGGCGCCCCCAGCGCGACCCCACACCCCAGGUCUGAGGCCUGCGCCCCCAGCGCCGGGGCCGUGGGCCGGAAUGUGACCGUGGCCCAGGCCCCCCCCCCGGGACCCGAACGCAGCAUCCGGAGCAGCGAUCCCGCCAGACCCAGCAGGCUCCCAGGCAGCAGCGCAGGAGGUGCCGAGGCCCCGAGUCCGGUGAGGCCCCCGCUCCCCCCGCCGUCCACCAUGGUGGUGGCGCACCCCGCCUCCGCCGCCACCACCACCACGACUGCCGCCACCGUCACGGCCACCGUCGUGAUGACCGCGGCCACCAUGGACCUGCGGGACUGGCUCUUCCUCUGCUACGGGCUCAUCGCCUUCCUGACCGAGGUCAUCGACAGCACCACCUGCCCCUCGGUGUGCCGCUGCGACAACGGCUUCAUCUACUGCAACGACCGGGGGCUCGCCUCCAUCCCCGCCGACAUCCCCGACGACGCCACCACCCUCUACCUGCAGAACAACCGGAUCAGCAACGCCGGCAUCCCCCAGGACCUCAAGACCAAGGUCAACGUGCAGGUCAUCUACCUGUACGAGAACGACCUGGACGAGUUCCCCGUCAACCUGCCCCGCUCCCUGCGGGAGCUGCACCUGCAGGACAACAACGUGCGGGCCAUCGCCCGGGACUCGCUGUCCCGUCUCCCGCUGCUGGAGAAGCUGCACCUGGACGACAACUCCGUGUCCACCGUCAGCAUCGAGGAGGACGCCUUUGCCGACAGCAGGCAGCUCAAGCUGCUCUUCCUGAGCCGCAACCACCUGAGCAGCAUCCCCUCGGGGCUGCCCCGCACGCUGGAGGAGCUGCGGCUGGACGACAACCGCAUCUCCACCAUCCCGCUGCACGCCUUCAAGGGCCUCGACAGCCUCCGGCGCCUGGUGCUGGACGGCAACCUGCUGGCCAACCAGCGCAUCGCCGACGACACCUUCAGCCGCCUGCAGAACCUCACCGAGCUCUCGCUGGUGCGCAACUCGCUGGCCGCCCCGCCGCUCAACCUGCCCAGCGCCCACCUGCAGAAGCUCUACCUGCAGGACAACGCCAUCAGCCACAUCCCCUACGGCACGCUGGCCAAGAUGCACGCGCUGGAGCGCCUGGACCUGUCCAACAACAACCUCACCACGUUGCCGCGCGGCCUGUUCGACGGCCUGCAGAGCCUGGCCCAGCUGCUGCUCCGCAACAACCCCUGGUUCUGCGGCUGCAGCCUCAUGUGGCUGCGGGACUGGGUGAAGGCGCGGGCGGCUGUGGUCAACGUGCGCGGCCUCAUGUGCCAGGGCCCCGAGAAGGUCCGGGGCAUGGCCAUCAAGGACAUCACCAACGAGAUGGACGAGUGCUUCGAGGCGGGGCCGCAGGGAGGCGUGGCCAACGCCGCUGCCAAGACCACGCCCAGCAGCCACGCCUCCGCCACCACGCCCCAGGGCUCGCUCUUCACCCUCAAGGCCAAGAGGCCGAGGUUGCGCCUCCCCGACUCCAGCCUGGACUACCCCAUGGCCACGGGCGAUGGCGCAAAGACCCUGGUCAUCCACGUGAAGCCCCUGACGGCGGACUCCAUCCACAUCACGUGGAAGGCCGCACUCCCCGCCUCCUCCUUCCGGCUCAGCUGGCUGCGCCUGGGCCACAGCCCGGCGGUCGGCUCCAUCACGGAGACCCUGGUGCAGGGGGACAAGACCGAGUACCUGCUGACGGCCCUGGAGCCCAAGUCCACCUACAUCAUCUGCAUGGUCACCAUGGAGACCGGCAACACCUACGUGGCGGAUGAGACACCCGUGUGCGCCAAGGCAGAGACCGCCGACAGCUAUGGCCCCACCACCACGCUCAACCAGGAGCAGAACGCCCACCCCAUGGCCGGCCUGCCCCUGGCGGCCGUCAUCGGGGGCGCCGUGGCCCUGGUCUUUCUCUUCCUGGUCCUGGGGGCCAUCUGCUGGUACGUGAACCGCGCCAGCGAGCUCCUGAGCCGGGAGCGGGUCUAUAGCCGGGGCAGCCAGAAGAAGGGCAAGUAUAUGGAGUCGGGGACGAAGAAGGAUAACUCCAUCCUGGAAAUCCGCGGCCCGGGGCUGCAGAUGCUGCCCAUCAACCCUUACCGCGCUAAGGAGGAGUACGUGGUCCACACCAUCUUCCCCUCCAACGGCAGCAGCCUCUGCAAGGGCGCGCACACCAUCGGCUACGGCACCACGCGGGGCUACCGCGACGCCGGCAUCCCCGACAUGGACUACUCCUACACAUGAUGCCCGGCCCGGCAGGCCCGCCCCGCGCCCGCCUCCCCCUGGCCUGCGGCCCCGCGCUCUGCCCAGCC